AUGGCUGCGCGGUCAGGAGCGGUACCAAGUCGACGUCUACACCUUCGCAUGGCGACAAUGCGCGAGACAAAUUUCAGAAAUAAAGCGAAUACACUCAUGCAAAGAGACACAUGUAACUGGUACGAAUGGAGCGAGAGAAUCGCCUCACUAGGAGACCUACUAGGAUACGUCCUACAGUGUUCCCCUCAAUUUCCUGACAACCUCAAACUGCUGGAUGGCGUAACAGAAGCCGGCGAGAUCAUUAAGGCAUACCAGAAGCACGCUGAAGAACAUAUUAUGGUGGAGGAAGAGAAGGAGAGGAAAGAAUGUCUCAUCAAUCUUAUCAGGUAUUAUUUCCUUGCGCACCUUCGCGUCUUAAAGGAAUCUUAUAAGCAGCUGUAUGGUUCGAAAGCCUACAAUAAAAAACUUAAAGGCACAAUCCUCAAGGGAUUACAGGAAUUCUGGAAAUUAACCGGGGCACCGUCCGCGCUUAAAUACUCUGAAGCGAACGAUGUUAUUGAUUCUGUAGCGUACAGUGAUCCGCUAAUCUGUAUCAUUGUAUGUCAAAUCGGGGCUCGGGGCUUCGAAUUUCCAAUUCACUACCGUCCCUUUCGCACUCUUGGCAGGGACUUCAGACAUGAGGACAACCAAGAGAAGACCCUCUUACAGCUCGGUCGGCGGUUCAAGCUCCCGGACAAUACUAACAUUCAACGCUGGGAUUCUGACGCAGCCUCAGCAAGUAGGAUUGUGGAGGCCACUCUCGGAUACCGCUUAAGUCGGAAAGACAUCCUUUACUUCCUGGGGCACCGUCACCAUAAAAGUCUUGAGCCCGCGUAUCAGUUAAUACAUCUUGGUGAAGUCGAAGAAGUGAGGCAUGAGGCUGUGGUAUCGGCGCUUACCUUGAAAGAAGCUGUGUCCGUGGGCUGUGGUACCCAAGGCGACUCUUCCGGCCAGACAGGUGGGAAACUCCACUCAUUCAGAUUCACCAAUGAAUGCAUGGCCUACUCAAACUUCUGCAAUGACAACUUGGUUGUGUCACUGAAUCAAAGGUUGACACUCAAACGCCAAGAACCUUGGGGAAAAUUUGUAGCCCGACUUGACGCGGACGCAUGCCUAUCGCCCACCGAGGGGUAUAUAAAUGUUUUGCUCCCGCUGUUCGAUGAGACUCAGAUUAUGAAGCUCCAGGCGCCGAACUCGGGAGAGAAAGUAGUGUUCUCGUGGCCUCCAGACAUGGCAUUAUGGUUUCACAAAUAUGACCUUGAGUUACCGGAAGGUAAACUCCGUUAUGUGCAUCUACUUUACGAGUCUGAUGCAGUAGAAGAUAAAUCCGGCCAACGAACGGAACAGAGUCACAAAGAUACCAGCGCAUCAGGAUACGGACCUUUUUGCAUGCCCAAACACUCCGUGAGUCUACACCCAGAUCUAUUCAUGUCUUCAGUAUCCCCUGUCUAA